AUAGUUUUACUUUUAUUAUUGAUUUUAAAAUUUGUAUUGUUUUGCCUUAACAUACAUAUAAUAAAACUAUAGUUUUAGCUACCAAAGUACCAAAUAAUUAUUUCAGUAAUCCAUACGAAUCCAUUUAUUAUUGCUGAUACUUUAUGAAUAUAUAGCGAAUUGUAUAUAUUCGACUUAACCACUGAGCAGAUGUAUUAUUAGUGAACUAUUAGCCAUUUAUAAUAAUAAAUAAUGGAUUACGAUUAUCUUAUAAAACUUUUAUGUGUUGGUGAUUCUGGUGUAGGAAAAACCAGUUUCCUUUACAAGUACACGGAUGGAGUAUUUCACACUCAGUUUAUUUCUACAGUUGGAAUUGAUUUUAGAGAAAAAACCGUGAUCUAUCAACAAAAUGGAAGACAACACAGAAUACAUUUGCAACUGUGGGAUACAGCAGGACAAGAACGAUUCCGAAGUUUAACUACAGCUUUUUAUAGAGAUGCAAUGGGUUUCCUUUUGCUUUUUGACCUCACCAAUGAAGCAUCAUUUCUUGAAGUUAGAAAUUGGAUUGAACAGCUUAAGACUCACAGUUUAACUGAUGACCCUGAUAUUGUCCUGUGUGGUCACAAAUGUGAUCUUCAAGAAAAGCGACUAGUAAAUCAGAAUAGAGCAAGGGAAUUUGCCAAAAAUUAUAAUUUGCCCUAUUUGGAGACAAGUGCCAAAAGUGGACAGAACAUAGACCGUGCUAUAGAAAUACUGCUGGACAAAGUUAUGUUCAGAAUGGAAACAUCUGUGGAGUAUGCAAUGCUUUGUGCAUCGGGACGACGUCGUCAAUCGUUGCAGAAACUACAGGCAAAACAAGACAGGAAACUUUGUACUUGCUAGUAUUACCUAUAUAACUGUGAUUUAUAUUUUCUAAUAUUCUAUUUUUUGUGUAUCUGAUCUCAGUAUAAAUUUUCGAUAGUUAUAAAUUAAGUAAGUUUAAAGAGCUAUUUCACAGUUUGGUAAUAAACAUCCCCAUGGUCCAUGUGAUUUACAGAUAAUAUAUAAAUUUAUUUAAAAAAUAAAGGUAACAAAUACCUAUAAGAUAGAUGUUGUUUACCUUUUGAAUUCGUAAAUAAGUGCACAAUUCAGUCUGUUCAUUUUCAUAAGAGAUUUUUUAAGAGCAGUUUUAUACUGUUAAUUAUUACGUAACUAUUCAAUUAUUGUUCAAGAAAAUAUACCUUAAAAAAAUAUCUUAACUUAGAAGCUACAAACCAUAUUAUUGGCAACAAUUGAACUAAAAUAAAAUCGAUUUUGUAAUUUCAGUCGUAGAAUAAUUAGUUUGACUGGUAUUGAAGUGUUACCUUUGUACGGUACUCUAAAUUAUAUACCAACGAUUAGUAUUAUGAGCUUCGUAGUAUACGUUAUUAAGUAAGCAGUCAGGGAGUUUAUCAGAAAGCAGUGAAACUAGUUUUAACAUUAUAAGUUUAAUAAAUAUGGAAUUUGGAACCAAAUUAACCCACACAGGGCGACACUAUAAGAGACUGAUAUUUAAUUUCAUUAUGUUUACAUUGCUCAUUGAUUUUUGUUUUACGUUUGCCUGUAUUAACGGAUGAAUGGGUCAACUAAUUUGUUAAUCUAGUCAAAAAAAUAUUUUGUUUAUUAAAAAAAAUAUAUAGAUAUUUUUGUUUGGUAUAUUAUUGACAGUGAUACAAAUAUGCGUGGUUUAUGGUUAGGCGAAGUUUAGCGCGGAGUUUAGAUUAGGGUACAAGGUUGAUAAUGGAUUAAGGAAAUGGAUUAUAUUUUUCUUAUGGUUAGAUUAUUAUCACAAGUGUUUAAUUAAAUUUGUACAGUCGUGUUAUCAAAACAGAAGUGUAUUAGUUUUAAGUUUCAUUCUUAAACAAUUUAAAAAGUAAUCUAGUCAAUUGCGUAAUCAAUGUUGGACAGUGAUAAGAAAGUUUCCCGCUUCUAAAGUUUGUAAUGAAGCACCCAAAAUUUGUCAGCUCUCUUAUAAACGCACCACAUUACACAAUUUAUUCACGUCACAGUCAUUUAAUAUCUGUCACGUACGCUUUUUGUACUGUGAUUACUGCCUUACUAAUCUAUUAGGCAAUGCGGAGUUCUUUGUUUCUUCCGCGGGUUUAUAUGAUAAAAAUAUCUGUUCCUUACCUAAAGUACAGGGUACAUAAUUCUAGUCAUGUGAUGAGAUUAGUUAUUGAGUUUAUAUUUUUGCUAAUUGAUUUAUACCUUUCGAUUUCAAAGUAAGUUUUUGUAUUAACGUCUUCAAAGUUAAAUAAUUUUUUUUUCCGGCUGGAAAAUAGAAUCGGCCUAUCCUAUUCAUAGCCGGUAAGUCUAUUUUAAUGUAAUGUGGAAAAUAAAAUGCGAUUAAAAUAAAAAUAUGACUUUUUACUAUAUUGUGAUGUUUUAAUUGUGUAUUUUGUAUUUCAAAUGCAAAGAUUCUAAUGGUACGAGCUUUUCAAGUAGUAGUUUACAUCUUGAGGUCGUUAACAGUCUUAUUCUUAUUUUAAUCGCAUUUUAGAAAUUGAUUGCAACUAAUCAAGGCCCCCAUAUACGUAUUAAACAAAAUUAAUAUUGUUAGGUAAAUACAAAGUGUACAUAUUAUAUAAAAAAUACACUUUAAACAUCGGUAAUGGCAACAUUCAACAACAACAUAACGAGUUACAAAGGCAUAACAUAUUAAUCCUAAGAAAAGGCAACACUUAAGAGGUACUAUAAAUGACAGUGUAUUCAAUAACGUUUGUUGCUUUCUAAAAACACUAUCUCGUUAUUGAAAUGAAAAGGACUACGUCAACUAUUUUAUUAAUAUAAAUUUAAUUUUUCUUAAAUAUUUUCCAUAUACAGUUAUAAGUGAGAUCAGUAAUGUAAGCUUCUAAAUGAGGAAUAAGAGCGCUUGCCGUAAGAAUAGCAACAUCUGCAUCACGUGUAUAAUUUAGAGUUAAUUGGCUCAACAUCAAUACUCGUACAAUUUCAAGUACAGAACUAUAUCUUCGUUUCAGUGCUUUGAUCGAACAUGUUAUAUAUAUACUAACAAAUGUACGAAAAAGAAAAAUGCAUCUAUUCGUCAGAAUUAGGCCAAACAUUUUAUUAGUCAAAAUUUGUAAUAUAAGGUUCAAAAUUACUAUAAACUAUAGCUGUAUGAAGUUAUCGCAAGUAUUAUAUAAUCAGGUAUGUGUGUGUGUGUGUAUUCACUGUGCACAAAAAAUAUUUCUAUAUUUUAUUAACGUAGUAUGUGUGACUAUUGCAAAUAAGUAAUUAUAGAGUAUAUUUAUUACAAAUUAUAUAAUAAUUUAUUUUAGUUGAUUACCUAAAAGAAAUUUUGCCUUUUACCUCCUUCUGCCAAAUUGUUACGAUAUUAAUAUUUAUGUUAUAAGACUAUUUGUAAUAAUGACCCGUAAAAGUGAGAUUUUUACAUAGACUAAAUAAAUAUACCAUGACUUUACAAGACGUCUGUUGACGAACAGCGAAAUCUUUACCUACAUAGACGUAUCUCUUAAAGAUUAUGGCUUGAGUUAGGAGUUGCUAGCUAUGCUAUUAUUAAAGAUAGUUAUUAUUCUUAAAAUCCGUAUGAUGAAAUAUUUUUUUUUUAUUUAUGCAUAUUUUUAAUUAAGGUGGUUAAUCACUAAGCAAAAUUGGACACGAAAUAUUAAAUGGUCCUGCAAUCAAGGCUUGUGGUUUUUGGAAAAUAAUCAAUUUGUUAUUAAAGAUAAUUUGCAACGAAAUUUUUGAAUAAGUGAUUGGAUUUUUUUUUUCGAUAUAGUUUAGAUUCUUCUUUUCUUGUACAACUUUGUAAAAAACACAUGGCAACAUACACGUAUGUGUACCUUUCUAGUGAGAAACAUUACCAUGGUGUGAUCUAUAAUUCAUUCAGAAAAGAUCGCGUAUCGUCUGUCAUUUCACAUUCAUACAUACCUAAUAAUAAAAACCACAAGUCUCGAUUCUAGCGCUUUUUAGUAUUUUGAAUCCAAUUUCGUUUAGUGAUCAACUAACUUAAUACCACCAUCAUUCCUAUUCUUAUUUGUAAUUAGUAAAUACUAAUAAAAAGAGUAAGUUAAUCGCUACAUGUAUUGAGCUUUAAGGAAAGGAACUUGACAUACUUUAGUAAACAGUCUUGAAUAUCUUUUUUUUAAAAUUGCUUUUAUAAAUAAGACACAAAAUGAUCCAACUGAUUAAAUAUUGUGUUAAUUUAUCAUUAUGAAUUAUUGACUAACAUUAUUCUUACUACUUAUUUAUUUUAUAUAUUCUUUGUAUGUUUAAUUUUUUAUGAAUUAAUAAUGAUUAAGUUAUAAUAAGUACUAUACAAGAUUGUUUACUAAAUUACCAAGUAUAAAAAAAGCCUUGAAUGUAAAUAUGCGUGGUUUAUAAUAAAGUGUAUAUACCGAUAAAAACCGGCUUUGGUAUCGAAAAUAAAUUGAUCUCAAAUUAAUAUUGAA